AUGAAAACCACACUCGUGUUCCUCAGCGCCUCGCUCGCCGUUGCUCUUGCCACUCUGAUUGUCACCGUUGCGAUCAAUGCCACCGUGGCGAAUGAACCCGACAACGACCUGGGCAGGAACACCGGGUGGGUGAUCCUCACACUGGCUCCGGCCAUUUCACUCGUCUGGACGAUUGUCGACUUUGCCGUGUACUUCAUAUGGAAGUAUCACGCGAUCCACUGGCUGGUCACCUGCGUCUUCCUCAUGGCGCUGAAUGUCGCUGUUGGAAUCGUCGGCAUCAUGCUGUACGCCUGGCACGAGUCAGCGUGGGUCGCGGGCAUGUUCAUCCUAUUUGCGGCAAUCUUCUACAUCGUAUACAUGGGAUUUGCUGCUGCCGCCGUGCACAAAUACCGACAGGGGCAAGCUGCUGGUGGAGUGGCCUUGAAGAAUGUCGAGAGCGCUGACUCGCAUUGA